AUUUCAUUACGAGUGAAUAGGGUUUUAUGGCCACAACGCUGAGCCCUAGCUUCGACGUGGUUACGACCCAGCUCCCCUCUCAAUUGGCCGGAUCGUACCCAGUUCCACCGACGGCCGACUACAAUUGUACGACACUUCCUCUCGACAUCAUUCACCUCUAGGCCGAACCGUCCCCCAGCUCGAGCUCGGCCAUCGCCUCCCAUCCGACUCAUUUCACCGCCAUUUCGUAUCUGUCUGGUCCGACAACUCCCACCCCUAGCUACCGCCGACCACAUUACAAAAAAGAGGGGGUUUACUCUCAUCUCAAGCAGAAACUCAACCGUCUUCCUUCAAGCCCUGGCCCAACGUCCUCCUCUAACCAGCACCUUGUUUGACUUUGAUCGUACCCAACCUCUCGAUGUCAGCUAGGCCUCUAUGUCUAGGGUUGCUUGGCUCUGUGUGUGGUAUCUGGUGUUCAAUAUUUUUUCUUCCCUUAACCUUUGAUUUCAUGUGAUUUUUUUCCGUAUGGCUGUAAAUCGGCUUGGGGAUCCUGGGUUUUUGGAUGGCAAGGCAAAGUCGAAAUCGUUUCGUGAUGCUUUAUCUGGUGAUUCACCUGGUUUUUCACUGCUCAAAGUUUCUUCUCUUCGUGAUUUGCCUUCUUUAAUCAUUUCGGAUGAGGAAUUAUUGUCUCUUGCAGCGCCUUUUGAGUUUGCGUUGGUAGGAAAAUUUUUGGGUCGUCGCCUGCCUCUGGAUUUGAUUCAGAAAUUCUUCUUUAAUCUCAAGAUGGGUGGAUUUUCUCUCACUGAUCGUAUUUCAUUGCUAACCCGUUUCAUGAAGUUGUUGAAGUGGUCUCCCAUCUUUGACGUUAAUGUUGAGUCGCCUAUUGUGCCCGUGUGGGUCUCUUUUCCCAGUUUGUGUCCUCACUUUUUUUUACCUCACACUUUUCAUGGUUUGGGCUCUUUGUUUGGUAGGCCUUAGCGUGUUGACAAUGCCACUUCGAACGACACUCGGCCGUCUAUUGCUUGAAUUCUUGUGGAACUAGAUGUCACAAAACGUUAUACUUCUCAGGUGUGGCUUGGCUCUGAAUUUAUGGGAUACAUCCAAAAUAUUGAAAUGGUGGUUUUCCCAUUAUAUUGCUCUCAUUGUAAAACGUUGGAUCAUUCUAAAGAGGUUUGCCCUAUUUUAUUUCCUAAGAUUGAUGUGCAUCCCUCUGUUCCUGAGGCGGCCGUCAUGGAGGUGGCUAAUAAUCCUAUUAAUGGUUUGGUUUAGGUGGUGCUUAAUAAGGGGUACUUGUUAAUGAUAUUAAUCUUGACAUUGAUACUAUGACUGUCGUGUCUCCUUUACUUAUUGAGGUUGGUCUUGUUAUUGCGAAUGUUGUAGAGUUAGGUGUUGGUGUUCCACACAGUGAUGAUGUUUUAGUAUGCCUAUUGCUAUCCUUCAGCCGAGUGAAUGCAUUGUGUUGAAUGCUCCUGGUGAGUUUAUUUAGGAUUUGUAUGACUUGCUUGCUCCUAUUGUUGAGGAGGUCGAGGCGGAUGAUGGUGUGAUUCAGAUGGAUGAGUGCAUUGGUUUAGAUAGGGUUAUGGAUGUCCCUAUUGUGGUGGUUGUUGUUCUUCCCCUCAUGGGAUAUGCGAUAGUUACUGGCAAUGUUUUUGUUGAUGAUUUGGAAUCUUUGGUCAGGAUUCCCUCCGUUGGGGGGAGUGAUUGUGAUGAUUUGGUUGAUGUUCCCGUGGGGCUUAUUUCGCCAAAUAUUUUUAAGUCAAGGAUUUUGUCGAGAGCAGGGGAGUCCUGUUUGAGACAAAUUGAUUGGUUGGGUGACUUGAUGGAUUCUUCGUGCGACCUGGAUGAUGAUUUGGAGGAUGAAGUUGGGGCCUUACAAGGCUCGUAUGGUUUGGAUAUCUCUAGGGCUUUGGGUCCCCCUUUCUCUCGUUGUGGAAAAUAGCGUUAUUGCAAAUCUAGGAGAUAGUUCUUCUGCUUGCCCCAUGGAUGGCCAGGAUUGGUUGCAACCUUGGUGGUCUUUUGGUCUUUGAUUGUGGUUGUUUCUGCCAUUUCUGGACUUCGAUCCGGGUUGCUUGGAUACUCUUCGUGGACGUUUGCUGGGGAGCUGUUGCUUUUGGUGCGUUGGAGUUUGCUGAUACUUCCUUGUUGUUAUCUUUUGUUUUGCCUUGCUUUUUAUCUUAUAUAUUUAGUUGGAUCCAAAGCUCGUAGGUUUUUAUUCAAAUGAUGUUCUUUUAGUGAGCUUAUGAUCUUUUAAGGUCUUGUAAUUUUUAUACUUAUUAACAUGUCGGCCCUGCCAUUGUU